AUGGAGGCCCCGCGUGUCCCGGAGCGGACCGUGCUCUUCCAGCGCGAGAGGAGCGGCCUGACGUACCGCGUACCCGCGCUGCUGCCCGUGCCCCCCGCGCCCACCCUGCUGGCCUUCGCGGAGCAGCGUCUCAGCCCAGACGAUGCCCACGCCCACCGCCUGGUGCAGAGGAGCGGCACGCUGGCCGGGGGCUCCGUGCGGUGGGGCGCCGCGCGCGUGCUGGGGACUGCGGCCUUGGAGGAGCACCGGUCCAUGAACCCCUGCCCGGUGCACGACGCCCGCACGGCUACCAUCUUCCUCUUCUUCAUCGCGGUGCGGGGUCGCACACCCGAGGCCACGCAGAUCGCCACGGGCAGGAACGCCGCGCGCCUCUGCUGCGUGACCAGCAGGGACGCGGGGCGCAGCUGGGGCGCCGCCAGGGACCUCACGGAGGAGGCGGUGGGCGGUGCCGAGCAGGACUGGGCCACGUUCGCCGUCGGCCCGGGCCACGGCAUCCAGCUGCGCUCAGGCCGUCUGCUAGUGCCAGCCUACACGUACCGCGUGGACCGGCGGGAGUGCUUCGGCAAGAUCUGCAGGACCACCCCCCAUGCCUUCACCUUCUACAGUGACGACCACGGUCGCACCUGGCACCGUGGAGGCCUUGUGCCCAACCUGCGCUCGGGCGAGUGCCAGCUGGCUGCAGUGGACGGCCAGCAGGCCGGCAGCAUCCUCUACUGCAACGCCCGGAGCCCCCUGGGCCGCCGCGUGCAGGCGCUCAGCGCAGAUGAGGGCGCCUCCUUCCUGCCUGGAGAGCUCGUGCCUGUGCUGGCUGAGACGGCCCGGGGCUGCCAGGGCAGCAUCCUGGGCUUCCCUGCCCCACUCUCCAGCAGGCCCAGGGGUGAGGGAUGGUCGGCAGGUGCCAGGAACCACCCCGAGUCCCCACACCUCUGUCCUGGAGUCCAGCAACAUUCAGAGGAGGGCACUACAGACACCCAAGGGGGCCAGGGGCUCCGCGGGAUGGAGGGAUGGAAGGACAGCCCUGAGGAGCCUGGCCCGGGGCCUGGACUCAGUGGGACCAGGGACGCCUGGGCCCCGAGUCUCCCUGGGCCCCCUGCCACCCUGUCUCAGAGCCCCACCUGGCUGCUGUAUUCCCACCCGGUGGGGCGCAGGGCUCGGCUCCACAUGGGAAUCCACCUGAGCCGGUCCCCCCUGGACCCCCACAGCUGGACAGAGCCCUGGGUGAUCUAUGAGGGCCCCAGUGGCUACUCUGACCUGGCAUCCAUCGGGCCCACCCUCAAGGGAGCCCUGACCUUUGCUUGUCUGUAUGAGAGUGGGGCCAGGGUCUCCUACGAGGAGAUCUCCUUCUGCAUGUUCUCCCUUGCUGAGGUCCUGCAGAACGUGCCGGUGGGCCCUGUCCCGCCCAGUCGCGGGGGCAAGCCUCGGGAGCGCUGCCGGCCUUCCUGA